GUCCAAGAAGUACCUGAUGGAUCCUUUCAGGGACAGGAACUGGGACAGAAGGAUUUGGCAACAGUAGUAUUGGAGUUUUUGUGAAGUCUGUCACAACAACGACCACAACAAAAAUGGCAGAAAAGAAAGAAAAGAAUUCUAAAAAUACUGAUGUUAGACCUAAAACCAGCCGGAGCAGAAGUGCAGACAGAAAAGAUGGAUAUGUGUGGAGUGGAAAGAAACUUUCCUGGUCAAAAAGGAGCGAUAGCAGUUCUGAUGCCGAAACGGCAAGCACCUCAGGAAAAUCCUCGUGUAGUUUAAGGAACCAGGAAAGGAAACACAGUUGUUCCUCAACUGAGCUGGACUUGGAACGUUCAUGUGGCCACAGAUUCCUAGGCCGCUCCCUUAAACAGAAACUGCAGGAUGCUAUGGGACAAUGUUUUCCUAUAAAGAAUUGUAGCAGUCGCCAUUCUUCAGUGCUUCCAUCAAAGAGAAAAAUACAUAUCAGUGAGCUUAUGCUGGACAAGUGUCCUUUUCCACCACGAUCUGAGCUAGCCUUUCGUUGGCAUUUAAUUAAACGUCAUACUGCCCCUGUCAAACAGAAAUCUGAAAGUUGGCUGAGUCUGGAAUCCUUGCCAGGGGAAAGGAAGGAUGGAGAACUGAGGGAUGUUGACAGUACAGAUGGAGGAGGGUCGGCGAUUUUGCAGGCAUGUAACAUCAGUGACAGUGCGUCUUGUACAUCUGAUCCUCGGGGUGAAUCCACCAUGUGUAGGCAGCUAAAGAACAGCAGAGAGGAAAGCGACAUGGACUCUGAUGAUGAAAUGAUGAUGCUUUGCACCAGCUCUAGGAAAAGAAAUAAGCCACGAUGGGAAACCGAUGAUGAGCUGCUACAACUGGAAACACCACCAAAGUAUCACACCCAGAUUGAUUAUGUUCAUUGUCUUGUUCCUGACCUCCUUCAGAUCAAUAACAACCCAUGCUACUGGGGGGUGAUGGAUAAAUACGCUGCAGAAGCACUUCUCGAUGGAAAGCCAGAAGGGACAUUUUUGUUACGAGACUCUGCUCAGGAAGAUUACUUGUUCUCUGUUAGUUUUAGGCGGUACAGUCGUUCCCUACAUGCCAGGAUUGAGCAGUGGAAUCACAACUUCAGCUUUGAUGCUCAUGACCCAUGCGUCUUCCAUUCUCCUGACAUUACUGGUCUGUUGGAGCAUUACAAAGAUCCAAGCUCUUGUAUGUUCUUUGAGCCACUUCUCUCUACUCCUUUAAACAGGACUUUCCCCUUUUCUCUCCAACAUAUAUGCAGGACAGUUAUUUGUAACUGUACAACAUACGAUGGUAUAGAUGCCCUUCCCAUUCCUCCAUCUGUGAAGUUAUAUUUGAAAGAAUAUCAUUAUAAGUCAAAAGUUAGAGUCCUCAGGAUUGAUGUACCAGAACAACAAGUCUAAAAGACAUUUAAUUAUGACUUUUUGGUUGUUAAAAGGUUAGGGAGAGGAGUUAGGUUGGUCUCCCUCCCCUAUUAUGGUACUAUUUAUAGUCUGAACUCUGCCUGAGUUUUACGGUCCAGAUGAUUUUUAUUCUCCAGCCCCAGUGGGCAGGGUUUUUUUGUGAAGAUACACAAUCUGUAGUUUUACUGGUUGUAUUAGGGUUUUAUUGAAGCUCAAGUAGUUUUUUGUUUUUGUUAAAUUUUCACUUAAGCCUAAGCUUUUAGAUUGGAAGAUGAGUCAAAAUUGAAUUUGACUUGCCUUUUAUAAACUGUGAUUUAUAUGCGGUACAGGCAUGUUUAAAACACUGUAUGCGAUGUUUUCUUCUCCAGAGUGACUAAUUUGUAUUUUAUACCUUUAUUUAAAAAUCAGUACUUUGUCCUCUCCACAAAAAGUAAAAUUAAUAUUUCUGUUUAUAACGCUGGUGCUGCUACUGUGGAGGUGUUUUAAUAUCUCUUUUGUGUGACUGAAGUUUUCUGUCUUUUGAGAUCCCAGAUUACAACAAUCUGGUAACAGGCACAACUUUUUUUUAACCGUUUUUACAAAUCAUGGGCAUAUGUGUUGUUUACUAAGAUCAUUCCUUAUUUUAAAGGAUAUGAGUGUGAGUUAAUGCUUACUUUACAAGGAGCAAAGCCUUCAAGCACUAGUCACAAAGGGGCCUUAGGCUGGAUACAGACUGAGCAAAUUUAUUAUCACGUGUGCAUAUGAUUAAAAUAAUCUUU